AUGGAUCAAGACACGAGACCACUAGCCUCUCUUUCCCUGACACACGUCUACUAUGACCCCGACGACUCCCUCUCCUUCCUCUGCGCAUGGCUCGCGCUCCUCCCGCAAGCCCUCUGCAUCGUCUACGCGACCCUGAUCUGGUCCACCCGCGAGGUCGAAAUCGCCCUCAUGUUCGCCGGCCAGCUGGGCUGCGAAGCCAUCAACUUCGCCCUCAAGCGCCUGAUCAAGGAGGAGCGCCCCCGCCGCAUCCACGGAAAGGGCUACGGCAUGCCCAGCUCCCACGCCCAGUUCGUCGCCUACUGGUCCGUCUUCCUCGUCCUGUUCUUGCUGGUCAGGCACCGUCCCUCGUCCGCGCGCCGGCACCACCGGCCGUACUCGCUCGUCGAGCGCGUCGUGGUCAGUGUCGCUGCGCUGGGCAUCGCUGCGGCCGUGGCGUGGAGCCGGAUAUACCUAAAUUACCACACCGAGAAGCAGGUGAUGGUCGGGUGCUUGGCCGGGACGGUGUGUGCCAUCGGCUGGUUUUUGGUCACGGCUAUUGCGAGGGACUUUGGGCUUCUGGCCUGGGGCCUGCAGACGCCCGCUGCGCGGCUGUUCAGGUUUCGGGAUCUUGUCGUGGAAGAAGACCCUUGCCAGGCUGGCUGGGAUAAGUGGGAGGAGAGGCGUGUGGAGGCAGACCAGCAGAAGACUAAAUGA